AUGUCUGCAGUGAAUUCUCACGACAGCGGUGAGGAGUCUUAUUCGAUGUAUCCAAAGACUUCCUCACCUCCUUUGCCAACCCAAGGUAGUAUGCAUUUCCCAGCUUAUCAGCCUCCAGUACCUAUCUAUGCUUAUCCACAAAUGCCCUAUAUGUAUGCUGGUCAAGCUCCCGGGUACCCUUUUAAUUUGAUGAAUCAGAAUCAGAUGUUAUACCAAGGUGGUGGUAUGCCUCAACAAGGUGGUGGAAUGGGUUCGAAAAAGAAGUGGAGUAACAAUGGAGGCAGCAGUGGUAGUGGUAGUGGCUCUACUAUUAAUGGUGGUUUGUCAUCAUCGAAGAUUAACCACUACCACCACCAUCAAAUGAGUCCAAGCUUCCAUCCCGCAUCCAUGUCAAAUUCUUCAAGUGUCAGUUCCAGUGGGGUCAAUGUUCAGAGUAAGGCUUCAGGACCAAGAUCCGAACAGUACAAGUUUGAAAUUAGUAAAUUGACAUCUAGCAACGCUACUAGCGUGGAAUUCCCUCUAUACUUCAAUGCCGCACCUGAGGAGUUCAAGGAGGCAGGAUCAAAGAGACAUGAGUUGAGAUUAAAGGCUUUGGGACUAGAUCAAGGAAAAAAUCAGGAGAGUAAUCAAGAAGAAAUAACGAAGAAAGAAAGGACUACUAUUCCUGUUGCUAAUGUCACCACCACCGCUGAACCAAAGAAGGAAGAGAAGAAGGAAGAACCUAAACAAAAGACUUUGUCCAAGGAUUCACCAAAACCCAAUGCAACUGAAUUAAAUACUUCCGCAUCUUUACCUGCUCCUACUCCAACUCCGGCCGCUGCUCCCGCUCCCGCUCCCGCUCCCGCUCCUACAGCAUCAAAGACUCCCAAGUUGUGGUCUGCGGUUGCCUCCGGUGGGAUUGCCAAGAGUAGAUCAACAGCAACUGGCGGGGCUAACAGUCAAGGUACCAACGGCCUAAAUAGUUCAAAUCAGCCACCUCAAAAGAAGGAUAAGAAAUAUAUACCCCCCACUACAAAGGGUGUAGAAACUCUAGGUUCCGUGGCAUUGAGGAUGUGUUUUGACCCUGAUUACAUCGAUUACACUUUGAAAUCUGCCGGUGCAGAUAAGGGCCUUUGUGUUAAAUCUGUGGCACCCCGUGGUAUUGUCAAUAGGGCCAAUGUCUGUUUUAUGAGUUCUGUGCUACAGGUACUACUUUAUUGUAGACCCUUUAUCAAUAUUUUGAAUGUGGUAAGUGUAAGAAACGUGGUGGCAAGAGCUGGUCCCAUACAAUCCAAGCUAUUAGACGCAUGUCUUAACAUUUAUAAGCAAUUUGACAAGGACACUGUCGAGCUUGAAAAGAAGAAUGCAGCAAAGAAUGGAAGCGGUAACAAUAGCAAUGUCGGCAGCGGCAGUAUCAGACAGUCUAAUGUGGUUUCUUCUAUUUCUGAAGCUAUUAAGCCAGAUGAAUUCUACGAGGCUCUAUCGACUAUUCCCAAGUUUAAGGAUUUGAAAUGGGGGCACCAAGAGGAUGCCGAAGAGUUUUUAACACACCUAUUGGAUCAAUUGCACGAGGAAUUCAUCUCUUCCAUCUGUUCGUUAGGCGAUAACGAAAUUCUAAAUCUGUUACAAAGCAUUAACGAUGAAGAAUUGAGGAUUUUCUUUGUUAGAAACCUACCUCGUUACAAAAAGGCAGAAUUUUUGAAGAGCUCACCCGGUCAAUUGAAAGAUUUGAUCUCCACUUAUGGUACUGUGAGUGAGGAUAAUGAUGAAGAAGGUGAUGGCUGGCAUGAAGUUAGCGGUUCUAGUAAGAAGGGAAAAAAGACAAAGACUGCCGCUAAGAGAACUGUAGAAAUGGAACCUUCGCCCAUGUCCUGCCUAUUUGGUGGUCAAUUCCGUUCCGUCCUGGAUAUUCCUAACAACAAGGAAUCACAAUCGAUCACUUUGGAUCCAUUCCAAACAAUUCAACUCGAUAUUUCUGAUAAAUCUGUUAACGAUUUGGAGACUGCAUUUAAAAAAUUUAGUGAAUAUGAACUACUGCCAUUCAAAUCUUCAUCUGGUUAUGAUGUAGAGGCAAAGAAACAAACUUUUAUCGACAGAUUACCUCAGGUGUUGUUGAUUCAGUUGAAAAGAUUCCAGUUUAUUAACAAUACGGAUAAGGAUAACAGUAUGGUUAAUUAUAACGCCUACAAUGGCCGCAUUGAAAAAAUUCGUAAGAAGAUUAACUAUGAACAUGAACUAAUAAUACCCAUAGAAUCCAUUUCUUCCGCUAAUGCAUAUAAAGAUGAAAAUAGACGUUACCAUUUAACCGGUGUGAUAUACCAUCAUGGUGUUAGUUCAGACGGUGGGCAUUAUACUGCUGAUGUUUACCAUAGGGAAUCUGAUAAAUGGUAUAGAAUCGAUGACGUAAGCAUCAUAGAAUUGGAGAAGGAAGAUGUUUUGAAAGGUGGUGAAGAGAGUGGUGACUCGAGAACAGCAUAUAUUUUGAUGUAUCAAAAGAUUUGA